CGAUUAAUUUAGGAUCGAUGCAGUGCAUGCCUCUGUGCGUGCGUUACAUACCCGAAAAGCUCGUUAAACCGCGCGCGGCAGUGCCGCACAGCGCUUCUGGCAAACAGCCCACACAGAAAGCCACACGGAGCGAGCUUAGCUGAGUAUGGCAGAGCCCGAGGUGCUGGACCUCACAUUCGACAGCGCCAGCGACGACGAGGACCGCGCACCACCAGUCCGUGCACCCGGCUACAAAAACCACAAUGCUCCGGGCCUGCGCGAGGCACCGGAGGCGCCACGCCGCCGCUCCGUGCCCACGAAGCGCUACUCCGAGGAAUUCGCACCUCCUCGCGUGAGCGAAGCGGUGGAGGAUGAAGAGCCACCGCCGAAGCCAAAGCGCCGCCGCACGAAAGCACCCGCCGCCGCGCCGCCAGCAGAGCCUCACGUGGUCAUCGACGUCGACGCAGACGACGACGACGCGCCGCGCAACGUGCCGCCAACGAGUGCGGCGCGCCCGGUUAACGCCGGCGUCGACGUCCACGAAGUCGACCCGCGCUGGGCGACGCACAACCUCCCGGGCCGCGGCUGCGGCGGGCGGACGUUUCACCAUCCAACAUUAGGAGCCGUCGGCCGAGGGAGAGGCGGCUGCUCUGUCAAGUGCGAGAUCGUGUUGGAUCGCCUGGCCAACGUGUGCGGCGGGCUGCGCCGCGCCUACGAGUUCGGCUACCAGUGGCACCGCAAGCCGUCGGGCGAGUACCACCAGAACACUUUCAGCCUGCCGGGUGAGAAGAAGAAGCUCAACGCGGGCGCUAUGAUUAGAUAUAUCAAGGAAAUUGAACAUCAGCGCCGCGAGGAGCUCGGCGUGUGCUUCGAGGCCUGGCUCGCGGCGGGCGGCUAUUUCCCGCCGUUCAGGAGUAUUCGCGCGGCGCCUCCUCGCGCGGCGCCGCCCGCAGCGCCGGGAGGAGGGCAUAACUGGGGCGGCGGGCGCGUCCUCGGCGGGCGCUGAGGUGUCUGUCUGUAUAAGAAUUGUCUAC